AUGGCCGUCGUCUGCUUUGGAUCGGGCCGCGUGGCCUUCCCCUUCGUCGAGAAGAUCACGCGCAACGCUGGCACGCAGCUGGUCCUUGUCUCGGACGACGCUCGACAACUAGCGCAGCUGCGCGACAAGGCCGCUGCCAUGGGUCGCUUCAACAUGCAGACGCACGAGCUCAGCAUCACGGACGUCGCUGCCGUCGUCGCGUGCCUUGAGCAGUUCCAAGCAACGUGCGUCGCUGCGUUGGUGCCGGAAGAUGCGCAAUUUGCAAUCGCACGCGCCUGCAUCGCGACCAAGACGCCUCUCGUGACAGCGAGCUACGCGUCGCCACGUCUUCGAGUGCUCGAGUCGGCCGCGGUCGCCGCCGGCAUAUCGAUUCUCUGCGAAUGCGGUCUUGAUCCUGGCCUC